GCUCCAUAAAUACACUUCGUCUCCUUCGGUCCUUCCUCCUCAACACCAACCAGACAGAACAGAGGACACCGCUCACAAGCAAAUACAGAGUCGAGAGUGAGACUUGAGGCAGAGGCCAUGGCCGGAGGAGGAGACGAGCUGAAGCUGCUGGGCAUGUGGGCGAGCCCGUACGUUCUGCGAGUGAAGUUCGCGCUCAGUCUCAAGGGCCUCAGCUACGAGUACGUCGAGGAGGAUCUCAUGAACAAGAGCGACCUCCUCCUCAGCUCCAACCCGGUGAACAAGAAGGUGCCCGUGCUCAUCCACAACGGCAAGCCCGUCUGCGAGUCGCAGGUCAUCCUCCAGUACCUCGACGAGGCGUUCCCCGGCGCCGGCGCCACCCUCCUCCCCGCCGACCCCCACGAACGCGCCGUCGCUCGCUUCUGGGCCGCCUUCAACGACGACACGCUGGUGGAGGCGUCGCAGGCGGCGUCGUGGGGGAAGACGGAGGAGGAGAGGGCGGAGGGGGAGAAGAAGGUGGUGGAGGCGCUGGAGAAGAUGGAGGUCGGGCUGAGGGAGUGCUCCAAGGGGAAGCCCUUCUUCGGCGGCGACACCGUCGGGUACCUCGACGUCGUGCUCGGCGGCUUCCUCGCGUGGGUGCGCGCCACCGACGUGAUGCGCGGCGUCAAGAGGUUCGACCCGGCCACCACCCCGCUGCUGGCGGCGUGGGCCGAGCGCUUCGUGGAGCUGGACGCCGCCAAGGCCGUCAUGCCGGACAUGGACAAGAUGAUCGAGUUCGGCAAGGUGCUGCAGGCUCGCGCCGCCGCCGCCACCAACAAGAAGCUAAUGGCCGGAGCAGGAGAUGAGCUGAAGCUGCUGGGCAUGUGGACGAGCCCGUUCGCUCUGCGAGUGAAGCUUGCGCUCAGCUUCAAGGGCCUGAGCUACGAGUACGCCGAGGAGGACCUCAGCAACAAGAGCGAGCUGCUGCUCAGCUCCAACCCGGUGCACAAGAAGGUGCCCGUGCUCAUCCACAACGGCAAGCCCAUCUGCGAGUCGCAGGUCAUCGUGCAGUACAUCGACGAGGCGUUCCCCGGCGCCGGCGUGCCCCUCCUCCCCUCCGACCCCUACGAGCGCGCCGUCGCUCGCUUCUGGGCCGCCUACAUCGACGACAAGCUGUUGAAGUCGUGGCUGCAGGCGUCGAUGGGCAAGACGGAGGAGGAGAAGGCGGAGGCGUUGAAGGAGACGUUCACAGCGGUGGCGAACCUGGAGGCGGCCUUCGAGGAGUGCUCCAAGGGGAAGCCCUUCUUCGGCGGCGACGCCGUCGGGUACCUGGACGUCACGCUCGGCGCCCUGGUCAGCUGGGUGCACGCCGGCGAGGCCCUGUACGGGAUGAGGCUCUUCGAUGCCACCAGGAGCCCGCUCCUGGACGCGUGGGUGGACCGCUUCGCCGCACUGGAUGCGGCCAUGGCGGUCUUGCCGGACGCCGGCACAUUAGCCGAGUACGCCAAGAAGAGGCAGGCGGAGCGGGCAGCCGCCGCGGCUGCGAACAACUGAACUGGCAUGCAGGGGCCGUGGUUCGCGACGUGGUUGGGCCUCGACGAUGAAUUUGGUGUCAUGGUGUGCCACUUGUAGUCCCGUCACAUGUGGCGAUGUGGGCUUUGUUUGCCACGUGAAUUUGUUGUCUGUCUGCGUUCUUACGGUUGGAUAUUGUUCGUGUGGUUUUGGUUAGCCCGUUUCUUCCAAUAAAUGGAAUUAUUAAUUUUUAGAGGAACAA